GAAGAACCUCCCGCACGGAGCGAGGGACAGCAAGUGUGCCUUCUGCUGGUUAGGGUGAUGCUGUGUCGAAAGAACACGUGACUGAAUAGGGGAAAAAGGAAUGAAAGGCUAAAAAGAAAGGUGAAAAAGAGCUAAAACAACACUGCAAGUGUAAGAUUUGCGGUGUUUUUCUAGCUCCAGCGGAGGGAAAGGGGAUGGUGAAUUCUGACCUGCGAUGCUGUUGUGAGAUCAAACAGGCCUGCGGUAAAGGGUUCACCAACUGGAUAUGAGUGCGAUCUAACACCCCUGUGGAGAAGGUGUGAUGAAGCUGAAUGAACGUAGUGUGGCUCACUAUGCCACCUGCGACUCGCCACCAGACAAGACAGGCUUCCUCUUCAAGAAGGGGGAGCGAAACACAGCCUACCACCGGCGUUGGUUGAUCCUGAAGGGCAACAUGCUGUUCUACUUUGAGGAGCGUGAGAGCCGGGAACCCAUUGGUGUCAUCGUGUUGGAGGGCUGCACCGUAGAGCUCUGCGAGUCAGCUGAGGAGUUCGCCUUUGCCAUCAAGUUUGACUGCGCCAAGGCGCGUGUCUACAAGAUGGCGGCGGAGAACCAGGCGGCCAUGGAGUCGUGGGUUAAGGCUCUGUCGCGAGCCAGCUUCGACUACAUGCGGCUGGUGGUGAGGGAGUUGGAGAGGCAGCUGGAAGAAAUCCAGGAGGGGGCUGCUGGGCUGCAGGGCAGGCCCAAGUCCUCCAAGAAGGCUGGGGGGGUGGCAUGCUCCAAAUCAGGAGCAUCAUUCAGCGCUUCCCACGUGCCCUCUACCCAGGUUACAGGUGCAGUGCUCGCACAGGGUUCGGCUCAUGCUCGCAGCCUUCAGGAGGAGGUGCAGCUCCCGUCAGGCACCUCUAAAGAGAACGGGGUGGCCUGGAGCAAGCCUUCUGCUCUGGUCAAUGGGUUUGGUGAGGGCCCCCACUCUGGUGUGCCGUGGGAGGGAAAUGGGAAUGGAGGGGGCGAUGGGUUCAGGCCUCCGCCCGUCCCUCCGCGCAGGAGGGGUGCAUCUCUUGAGAGUCCUGUCUCCCCCGGGACUGGGUGCUUCUCCAAACUUCACGACUGGUACGGAAAAGAGGUGGCUGAACUGAGGGUGGAGUGGCUUCAGGGCCAUUGAGGCGCCCCUCCCUCCCCCUCACCUCACAGCCCAGCUGUUAGCCAUUAUUAGAAAGGGCACUUGUCACUUCGCAGGAUUGUUUCACCCCGAAAUACCUUGAUUUUAAUGCCAGAGAGCGUGUCCUUAAAAUUCCAAACCCUUGGGGCAGUCUGUGGAGCUGGUUGAUUUUCUAAAAGCAGCACUUUCCUGGUAUUUUUAGGUCUUGUGGGCCAGUGGGAAUAUGAUGUGUUGUCCUAUGACUGUCUGUCACUACAUUUCUAUGAGUCUAUGGUACAUUUUGGAUGUUUAUUUUUAAUUUUUAAAGGAAAAUCUUUGUAUUUACUGUCUUUUUUGUUGUAGUUUUUUUCCAAUCAGAAACUGAUCACUUAUCACUUUCUCUAUCAUUGUUGUGUUCUACCAUUGUUAUAUUCACAAAAGAAAGGAUGACCCCUGAUUGUUACUGAAUUGAGUGUCUCUGACACAUAAUAGAAAUCAGUACAUAUACAUAGUUGAGAAAAUGCAUUUCAUUCCAUUUCCCCGGAGGUUUUGAAAGGGGGACCAUUGAAGAAGAAACACCGGUGCAUUCAUUCUUUAUACCACAUUAAUUUUGCUCAAGCAAUGGUUUACAUAUUUAGAACAUUCUUCUCUCUCUCUCUUUUUAACCUGUGCCUUAUGAUUUUCCUCCCAAACCUGUCGUUGACAGUAAUCUAAUAAUGUAAGUCGCUCUGGAUAAGAGCGUCUGCUAAAUGACUUAAAUGUAAUGUAAAUGUAAGUGUAGGCCUACCCAAUGCUUUUAUCUGCCUUCCGUUUUUGCCAAACCACACCUUUAGUGCAAUUUUUGUUCGUUUGCGACAAUGGCUCAAUCCAUUUGGCCAGAUCUAACGCACAGUAUUUUCAUGGGUCACUUUUUUUAAAUAUAUACAUUUACCGAUAAUGGCAUAACCCAGUUUUAAUGUUUUAUAUUUUUUUAGGGGGGCCUUUUCUGUUUCCUGGUCAUACCAUACUAGACUGGUGGCUUUAGACAAGUCUGUUACUUGUGCCAAACAUAUGGUAGGACAAGGAAUGGAAAAUCAAUUUGUGGAAAGCCAGUAAAGAUCCUGAACAGGCUACAGGUGGUUGGUAUAGAUGUGAUUGUGACUGAGUGAAUGAUCAGUUGUAUGUUAUGAAUUACAAUGUUUAAAAAAAAUCUGACACUAGGAGGACAUUUUGUACUGAGUUACAGUUCCCUUUUUUAAUUCUAUGACAUUUGGAGUAUGUCAAAUUAUUGGAUGAGACAUUGCACAGCAUGACAACUCUAUAUCCAGUGUGCUAAAAAUGGAAUGAUGACAACCCAAUGCUUCUUUAUACUUUUGUAAUCUGUUUGUGGUCAACUUUAUGGAAAGAAAACCAAAAUAUUUUAGUACACUACUGCCAGAAGAAUGUCCUGUUUCCAUGUGGCAAGAUGGGAUUGUGUCUAGAGACAGUAAUGCAAUUACCUUCAGCUGCUCACCCCUGAAUGAAUGAAUGACUGAACUGAUAAUACUAUGAGCAUUACCUAUAAGUAAUUUAAACAAAUCAAUAAACGGCUGAAAGAU